AUGGCGUGUUCUGUUCUUACAGAAGGCGUGAUAUAUUGCAAUAGGAAUGCGACGCUAGUGAAACGAUCUGUCAGUCAAGCAUUGGAGUACAUAAACAACGAUACAUCAAUUAUUCCGAAUGUUCGGUUACUGGGAAUACAGAAGUUUUUUGAUUCAUAUCCACUUACAGCCCGUGCAGAAAGUGCUUGUGAUUUAAUUUCCGAUGGAGUAUCUGCUAUUAUAGUCAGCGAUACUUGUAGAUCCAGUCUCGACGACAUUUUUUAUAUUACUAAUCAAAUGGGCAUUCCCACCAUCAUGGCGGAUCAUAAUUUUAUCGAAGAUAUCUCGACGCCGUUCACAAUCAGCAUGUUUCCAAGCAAACAAGUGUUCACAAAAGCACUCAUGGAUCUCCUGCUUUACUAUAAAUGGAAAGACUUUGUGAUAUUAUAUGAUGAUAUUUUAGGAUUUGGUGAUUUGGAAUAUUUUUUUAUGGAGUCAGGGGACGAGAACUGGAAUAUUAAAGUGAAGAAAGUGUCCAUGUAUUCUAGCCCAGACGCUAUCAUGAAGGUGCUUGUGGAUGUGCGAACGUUGGGACUGAGAAACUUCGUAGUGCACUGUCACCACAGUAUGAUCACAAGAGUACUUAUUCCUGCAAUGCGAUUAGCAAUGGUAAAUAUCCGAUACAGCUGGGUAUUCACGGACCUGCAAGCAUCUUACGUCGAUAUCGAAGAGUACCAGUACAGUCAGGUAAACUUGACGAUGUUUGCGCUUGGCAAAUCGUCUUACAAGGGUCCGUCACCGUAUAACUUACCAGAAGAGUGGUAUGAAGUACUUAAUAAGGAGAAUCGUUUACAAGAGAUGUUUACCUACGAUGCCAUCUAUGCCUUAGGGCAUGCCCUCGAUUCGAUGGCAUUAGAUGGACGUACCAUACGAACAGAAACCAAGAUGUGUGCCGAUAAAGAGAUAGAGGUGGUCGAAAACGGAGCCAGAAUCGUCGAAUACAUGAAAGAGGUUCGCUUUAAUGGAAUCACGGGAUUGGUGGAUUUUAGUGAACGUGGGACACGUGAUGAUAUAAAUAUGACCAUACUCGGAUUGAACGAUAAAGGGAUGAGAUCGAUGGGUGUUUGGACUAAGGAUACAAAUCCCCUCCGUCUUACGGCAACUCGUAACAAUGGUACAUUUAUUUUUGGCGUGCGCCCUCUUAGAGUCACUACAAUUCGCGAACCAUUUGUGAUGUUGAAACAGGGAUAUGAGGAGAAGGGUUACCGCGGCAACGACCGAUUUGAAGGAUAUUGUAUCGAUAUGCUCGAAGAGCUUUCAAGGUUAUUGCAUUUCAACUACGAGGUAGAAUUGGUACCCGACGGAAAGUUCGGGUCGAUGGAAGCCAACGGCGAAUGGAAUGGACUGGUGAGAGAUUUACAGGAUAAUAAGGCCGACCUAGCCGUGGCAUCCCUUACCAUCAGCUCAGAAAGGGAAGAAGUGAUUGACUUCACCAAGCCGUACAUGACGCUCGGAAUUAGCAUACUGAUUCGAAAACCAGACGAAGCUAAACCGGGAUAUUUCGCAUUCUUACAGCCACUCCAUAAUGUCGUCUGGGUGUCAGUGCUCAUCACUUUCUUUAUAACAAGUUUUAUACUGUUCUUAUUAAACCGAACCAGUCCAUAUGAAUGGAAACGUCUUGCUGAUCGCGGCCAUGUUUCUAAAUCCGAAGCCGGAAAUCUGGACUUCAUGAACGGGUUGUGGUGGUGUUACGGCAGCUUCAUGCAGCAAGGAGUCGAUUACUCGCCGAGGUCGACAGCUGCUCGUGUCGUUGGGGGUUCAUGGUGGCUUUUCUGUCUUUUUCUUGUAACAUCAUAUACAGCUAACAUGGCGGCAUUUCUAACGAUCACACGUCUCGACACGCCAAUUCAAGGGGCGGAGGAUUUAGCUGGACAAACUAAGGUUAAAUAUGGAACCGUCAUAAACAGCCAACCGCAAACGUUCUUUCAAAAUUCUAAAAACUAUUUGUACCAAAGGAUGUGGUCUUACAUGGACAACACCCCGGGAGCCAUGGCCAAUAGCACAGAUGACGCUGUACGUAAAGUACGAACUGAAAACCACGCGUUGCUAUGGGAUUCCACUGUUAAUGAAUAUUUAGUUCAAAAAAAGCCAUGUGACUUGAUGACUGUCGGGACAACCUUUGAUCUCAAAGGAUAUGGCAUUGGACUGCCGAUGGGGGCGCCGUAUCGAGAUGAUUUCACAAUUGCGUUACUAAAAAUGAGAGAAAGGGGUUUCUUAGAAGCCAUACAAAGAAAAUGGUGGACGGAAAGAGGGGAGUGUCCUAAAACCGAGAUUUUGGGGACGAGCGAUAUUCCAACGCAGCUAGGUUUCGAUCAGUUUGCCGGGGUCUUCUGUGUCGUGGGUGCCGGUGCGGGCAUGGGAUUGAUAACUGCAUUAAUCGAGAAUUUUGUGCAUGUGAGACAUAAACAAAUACGGAAGCGGAAACGGAAGAAGUCACAGUGCGAUAGACAUUGCAGAAUGUGUCGUCGGAAUGACUCUAUGUCCCUUCCUUGCCGGAACUCGUCCAGUGAAAGAAUCAUAUUAUCGUACUCGCCCAAGGUCUAAUCAGCUGUUUAUUAUAUUC